AUGCCAAAGAAGAAAUUACAUAAGAGGACAACCUUUGAAGAUGGAACUUCCAUUCUCCCCAGUGAUAUCCUUUUCAACAUCCUUAUUACGCUACCCGUUCAAUCUUUGUUACGUUUUGAAUCUGUUUCUAAGCCAUGGGAUGUUAUGAUCUCCGAAAAUGAAUUCAAGAAAACUCACUGCGAUCAAUCCAAAGCUUUGGGCCGUGAAAAGCUCUUGUUUCGAAAAGGGAGUGAUGUUUUCGAGUUUAGAGACCUGGAAAGUUCCCAAUUAAUUAUGAUGGAAAAUCAAGUAUUGUUUCCUCUAAAAAAAUUCCAACCUGCUGAAGUCUUGUGUUCAUGUGAUGGCUUGGUGCUUUUAAAGAACCAUAAGACCUACAAAAAUUACGUUUUGUGGAAUCCGUCUACCAGAGAUCAAUAUCGAACUCUUUCGUGUCCUGAUAAUGAUUUGUAUUACAAUGGCAAACCUCGAAAAGCGCAUGCUUGUGGGUUGUGUUAUGAUUCUAGCGUCAAUGAUUUCAAGUUUAUAUUGAUCUAUGACUUGUUUUACACUCUGUACUCUUUGAAUAAAGAUUCCUGGACCAAAAAAACAAGUUUCCCUUGUCCAUUACUACCUCCAGCAUAA